AUGAAAAAAGGAAAAAUAAUCUUUUUAUAUUUUCUUAUACUUAUUCAUAUAAAUUUUUAUAAAAAUGUUAAAAUCAAAAAAAAAUGGGAAAAUAUAUUUUACUUAUAUAAUACUCCUCCAAUAAACAAACAAAAACAAAAAUUCCAACUGAAAAAUACAUGUACAUUUCUAACUGGAAUUAAACCAAGUGGAAGCAUACACCUUGGCAACUAUAUAGGUUGUUUAUCCCCCAUUAUAAAUAUUAAACCCCCCCAAACGGAAAACUAUAGAAAUAAUGAUAAAAAUGACGAAAUAAAAAUAAACAAAAUAAUACUAAUUGCAGAUCUUCAUAGUUUAACAAAUAUUAAUAAUAUAUUUUCAUUAAAACAAAAUGUUUUCGAUUCAGUAAAGACUAUCAUUUCUUUGAUUAUAAACAUGUAUGUGAAAAAAAAAAAUUACAUUGAUGUCUAUAUAAACGGAAUAAAUAUAAAACAUAUUAUUAAACAACUUAAUAUAAACAUAAAGGAUAAUAUAAAUAUUCAAAAUCUAUUAUCAUUUAAUAUCGAAAAUAUGUAUCUCAAUUCAUAUUAUGAACAAAAAUAUGCAAAUUCGAAUACCAUCAAUUCGUUGAAAAUAUGCGGACAAAAAGACAUGUUUGCUUCUCAAUAUUCUAAGUUAAAUACAAAUAGACAAAACGAUAAUUAUAAAUUUUGUAAAAAAUCGAAUAUUAAACAAAAACAUUAUUUUUACAUAAUUAAACAAUCUGAUAUACAACAACACACAUCUCUUUAUUAUUUAAUAAAUUCUUUUAUUCCCAUUAAUAUAUUAAAUUCACACAUACAUAUAAAAGCUAGUGAAAAUAAAAAAUCAUUUUCCUUAUUUUCCUAUCCAAAUUUAAUGCUGUCAGAUAUUAUGCUUUAUAAACCACAGUAUUUAAUAAUAGGCUUAGAUCAAAAAAAAAAUAUCGAAAUUAUAAAAAAAAUUUCAAAAAAAAUUAACACAUCCUUAAAUAACCAUAUAAUCAAAUUGCCCAAAAUAUAUUCUUCAAAAUUCAACGUCGAAAUAAUGAAUUUGGACGGACAUAAUAAAAUGAGUAAAGAUAAAGAAUUAUCAACUUGUCAUAAUUUACACAAAGUUAUUUAUGUAUUUGAUAAUAAAGAUAUAAUUGAAGAAAAAAUACGAAGAGCCAAAACAGAUAACUAUAACACAUUAAUAUAUGCUAAACAUGAUAAAAAAGAAAUUAAUAAUCUUAUUAAUAUAUAUUUCUUCUUUUUUUAUCAUCAAAUUAAAAAUAUAUAUUAUAAUAUAAAUAAUUCCCAAAACACAAUUGACCAUUUUCAUUCGCUUCAAAAUUCACUAUUUUUAAAUUGCGAUAUAAAACAAAACCAUACAUCUCAUUCUACAAAUAUUUAUAACCAAAAUAAUGAAAAUCUCCAAAAUUAUACACAUUUACCCAAAACGCAUAAUGAAAAAAUAAUUUUAAAAAAAUAUAAUAUCAAUCCAAAAUUUAAUGUAAAUGUUAUAAAUAAUAUCCUAUCUACUUAUAAUAAUAAUUACCAGCAUUUUAAAUACGAUCUGUCUCAAUUAAUAUAUAAACAUUUCAGAUUUUCAAAGUAUUGUUAUGAAAAGCUUCAUUUCGAACAUAUAUUAAUAAAUAAUUUAUUAAAGAUUGGAAAACAAUGCUUGUAUCAAACGGCUUCCAGAACAUAUAAAAAUUUCAAGAAAAACUUAAAUAUAUAA